AGUAUAAGCGAGAACGACGGUCCGAGUGUGACAACAUCCAUUGUGCAGUCUACUCGGCGAGUUUAUAAUUCAUCGACGGGAACACUAUAUUAUUGUUGCAAAACUCCGACGAGAGGCUUCUGCUCUGCGUUGUGCAGAGGAGGGAGAAGGAAAAAAAGAGAGAUGACGGGGCAUCGAGGAACUGCUGCUACUCUGCAGACUCGGGCAUUUGUAUAAUGUGGAAGAGGGAUUUCCUGCGAUAGCUGCCGCGACGAUAUAUAUACGCGCUGUCGUGAAUUACUCGCGGAAAAUACACAUCUAAUAGGGUUAUGAGGCUUAAGCGCCAGCGACCCACUGUUAUUCUAUAUUAUUUCUCCGCUUUUAUUUUUCCUUUCGGAAUCAAAAUUUAUUAUGGCAGAUAAGUGCAAGGAAUGCGGCUGCAUAUGCAAGCAGUGUAACAAAAAUGAGCAGAGGCACAAUGAUAUGCACCUGCAUGUGGAAAUAGAAAAUCUACGUCAAUGUCUGGUUGAAAGGGACAAUCACAUUGUAACAAUGGAGACGCAAUUUUUGAACGAAGCUGAAAAGUUCCCUAAUGGAGAGAUGGCCUCGCUCAAGGAGGAAGUGCUUAUAUGGCAGGAUAAAUACACAAGGCUAUAUGAGGCACACAAGCGAGUGCAAAAAGUCAAUCAGAAUCUUGAAGACAAGCUGUUGAGGAUUGUUGACAAAUGUGAGACUGAGAAAGGUGCCUUUACCAAGGACAUAGCUACUCUGUCCCACAGAUUGGCUGAUGCUAAUUAUACAAUUCACAGAUUAACUCAAGAUAACGAAAAAUACAGGAAUGAUGUGAAUUUGGCCAUUCAAUUGCUGCAAUGCAAGCCAUCGAAUUUUGUUGGGCAAAAAUAUGAAUCACUACCUUCCGAGGUCCAGGCAAAGGUGAGAACGUAUGUUGCACAAAAAACCCGUAUUAGUGAGAUGCCGAGUAGCGAAGUAAGAAGUAUAACAGUUCCAAUAUCUACCUUUCCUCCAACUGCUAUGGUUUACAAUGUAGCAAAGCCAGUAAUUGAUAAGCAAGAUGAUCACAGCGACGAUGAGUCCAAACCUCCUGUAGACAUGGUUUCAGCAGCAAUCAUGGCUAAAGUUCUAGAAGAUAGAGAGAAGGAGAGAAUUUUCGCCAGGCAUUGUAACACUUGUACAUGUCACAGAAGCGUUUUGAAGGUCGACACCGAAAGUCAAACUACUUUCGAGCAGGAUAACGAUAGGCUUCUUAGUACGAAAGAUUAUUUCAGCGAUUUCAACGAUCGCAACGAUUUUAGAAAUGUGAGAAACGGUAACAAGGAAUUUCGACAGUUGGACGUUGGCGAAACAGGCUCUAAUCGUAAUAAAUUGAACACUCAGUUGAACGAUCUAAACGCAAAGCGUGCUACUUUCCACUGCAUCAACGAAGCGACGGAAGUUAAAUACAACGCAAAUGGCGAGACUUCGAAGAAAUACAAUCGCUAUAUUUCUAAUGCCAAAAAUAACUUGAAUUUGAAAAAUUCUAGUAGAUACAAGUGCGAAACGAACGAAGCCAAUUUAAGCGAUAAGUCAAGAUUAACGAACGAAGAUAGAAUCGAAGCCCAACCUAGCUUAAACAAUAUGAAUAAAUUAACAAAGGAGACGAAGAGCAUCGACCAAGAGCAGGCCAAAAUAGAUAUGAUAAACGAGCGACUGUGGAAGAACGGUUUGAUAAACUCCAAAGCUAUGUUGAACGCGAAGGAAAGCGAUAUACAGCUCGAGGUGAUAAACGAGCGAGUCUGGAGAAACAGUAAGACUAGCAGUAUCGGAAGCAGCAGUAGGAGCAGAAGCAGCAAAAGCAAAAACAUCUCCGAGAAGCCGGCUCGAUUGACGGUGAUCGAGGUGAAAAGCUCGGAUGACGUGAGAAAUGAAAUCGAGACGACGAAGACGGAGCCGACGACUAGUCCGAGCUUCAGCGGCGACAGCGUUCUCAUAUCCUCUUCGGAUCCGUCCAGUCUCUCGAGUGACCUCGUCACCAACCAAACGACCUCCAAGACGACGACGACAGCUGCCGUCAGGCAGGAACCGAAGCUCUCUGGUCCGAGGAACUGCCUCAUGAGAGUGACGCCCGGCUCGAAGAACAUCCUCCUCGACAACGCCGGUGCCUAUCAAACGGUUUUGUACACUAGCGGAUGUAGCAGACCCAACACAGCCCUGGUUCACCUCGCCAAGUCUUCCCGGUCCGGCAGAUCCGCCUCGAUCAGCAGCGAGGAGAGCUCCACCGUCGCACCUUGCAACACCCUUCACGAUAAUAACCACCUACAGAGGGUCGCCCAGUGGGUCGACACUCUGUCUACGGACUGCCAUCCUCAGGCUGUUGGGGCUCAGACAACCGACUGCGAGGACGUUUCGUCGCAGGAGCCGCUCUUGGGUGACGAUUCGAAGGCAGCUAAGAGGCCACCCCCGCAACCCGACUCCCAGACUACGGCUCUGCUCCAGGCUCAGGAAAGUCAGCCUCAACCGUUGUCCGAUCUCAUGACUUUCGAAGGCUCCAGCGACGACGAGCACAAGCUCACCCUGGACUACGAGAGCUAUCAAGCCAACAUAACGAAGGAAAUGGAGGAGACUUAUCUGAAACUGGCGGCCAGCCUCGACUCAACGAAACUGCAGCAGUCCGAUAACUUGGCCGACAUCGGUAUGAUGACUAUAGAGCAGUACAGGCAGGAACAGAAGCGAAAGAGCUUUCACGCUAAAACGUAGUGAUGACAUUUAUUUUUAGAGAUGUUGGCUUCCAAUGUGUAAUGUCGAGUCGAUUUUAUCAUUUUGUGCUUUGCAAUGAUUUUCAAAUUUGAUAUAUUUACGAAUCGGGCUAAGAAUCAAGCGGGCUUGUUUUUUUUUUUUUUUUGGUAGACCCAGAACUGGUUCACUUCUUUAGAACUGAGAGAGAGGUGCAUGUCUGAUUGCGAUUGAAAAAGUAUUCUAGAACAAUGGCUUCUAAGACCUGUUUGAGAUUUUUCUGGGAUACAAGGUGUUAUCUCUUUGAUAAACGUUUGAAAAAAUUUUUCGAUCGGCCUAAACAUCGAUAAGGUAAAUUAUUUUUUUUUGUGCAAUAAAAGUAGAUUUCUCUUACAAAAUUUACUUUAAACUUUUCUUAAUUGUUUACAUCACAAAGGCCGUUUGCUCUGGCAAAAUCUUAUAAAAUAAGAAUAAAGUGUAAUAUUUAACACACCUUCCUAAUGCAUUAAAGGUAAAGAUUCGUUCUUUGUAUAUAGCAAAGUUCUUUUUAGGUGCUCAAGUGAGCGUCUUUUAGUUGCAAUCCAAAAAAGUUGUAUUUAUUUUUUUGUAAAACAUAUCUAGAAAUGAUGAAACACAAUACCUCGUCUUUGGAAUAGAUGUAUCUAUUCUUUCUUAAAACGACAAAAUAUAUGACUACUAACGUGAUAUUGUAAGUUUCUUGAAGAAAAGGAUUUGUUUAUUCAAGACUUUUGAACGAAAAAACAAGCAAUUGAAUUUUUAAAUGCUGGUGGAAAUAAAAAUAGAGCUUUUGUAUGAUGUGAUUUUGUUUCAUAUACAAAGUUGUAAAUAUAUAUAUAUAUAUCGAUGCAAUCCAAAAACCAUGAUUUUAAUGUCGACCUUCUUUAUAAUUUACAUAUUUCCACCAGAAACUGUAUAUUAAUCGAUUUCUAUUCAAUACUACUCAAACUGUAUUCGUGCUUUGGUAUUAUAAAAUAAAAAGUGAAAUAAUAAAUUUACAAAGGUUUGCUUAAAGUUGUAAUGCUUUUCAGUAAAGAGAACUUACGAAUCCGUUGCUUCAAAUCUAUCGCUUAAAUUUACGUGACUCCAACAAGAUAAUUAUAAAAUAUAUGGCGAACAAAAAUAUGUACCUAUCUAUUAUUAUCGAUGUAAACAAAUUAUCGUUUGCGUCAAUGCAACUUACCCGAAUUCCUAGUCGCAACUUACACUUGUGUGUAAGAGAAAUGUAAAUCUUCAAACGAAACAUCGCAUCACGACUUAGUGAAUCUGGUUUUACUUUUUACGCAUCUCUUGCGUUCUAUUAUAUACAAAAACUAUAGAGGUACUUUGCUUGUCGAAAGAGUCUUAAUUUUAUACACAAAAUUAGAAAGAUAUAAAUAGUUUCUAUAUUCAAAGUAACAAAAAGAAAGAACAUUUGCUACAGUUCAAUAGUAAGAAGUUUUUAGAUAAAAUACAUGUUUCACAAUGAUUACAAAGGCUAUGAUAAAGAGUCGAUAGCGUAGAUAUGUCACUGGCGACAAGUUCGUCUAAUUUUAUACGGCGAUCAUUGAAUGGAGUAUUAUUAUUCUAAUAACCUGACCGUGUAGAGCGAUUCUGAAAUUUCGCAGCAUAAUGUAUACAUUAUGUAUGUGUAUAUAUACGUCACGUCUAAUUAAAUUGUUUUCGGAGCCUAAUUCUGCCGGAUUCGACGCGAGAAUAGUACUUUAGGAAUAAUUUUUUUAGAUAGUACCGUUUGUUUCUACAAAUGAAAACCGUAUAUCGUAUACGAGAAUUUGUGUACAUAAUGCAUAUAUAUAUACCUACAAAGUUUUACAUAGAGAAUUUAACCCGAUAGUUUUAUUUAGGAAAGAUGUCAACUAUUUUGCUAUAUUUUUGUAUGUUAGAUAGAUCGUCGAAGUUUUAUAUGCACAAUUGUAAUUAUUAUUAUUCUCUCGUCGGAUUCUCCGAAUAUUAGGCACCGAUAAUAUACGUUUGCCAAAAGAAAGAAAAAUACUAAGAGAAAAAACAUUGCUGUUCAUAAUAGUUAGGUCAUUUUGAUAACGAAAAAUAAUAGUGGUAGCAUGAUUUUUCGUUAAAUAAUGUAGUAGCAAUAAUUUUAAGUGAAUGUACAUAUAUACACCAUGGAUAUUCAAUAAGUGUUAUUACAUCUCGCUUAUACGUUUAUAUACUGUUCUACAAAGUUCGGGCAUGACUAAAUGUGAAGUAUUUGGCAGACGAAUUUUCCUUUUCGCAAAAUUGAAGUCUCUAACGAUGACUAAGACCUAUAAGCAAUUUAUUAUAUUUCGUGAUAUAACUGCGUUUAUCGCCUAGAAAAGAGAAAGCGUUGAAAAAUUGUAAAAAUUUGCGAAACAUAAUAGCUGUAAAUCAUAACGAGAUAUAUCACGUCGCUCCGCUAUCUCUAUUAAUCGACUCUAACAAUUUUGAUCUCAACUUUAGUAUGAGUUUUUAAAGAAAUUGCACUUUUCUUGCAACAAUCAAAAAUAUUUUAUCAAUGUUAUUUCAAUUUUUUGCCACUGAAUACUUAUUCAUGAUACGGAGUUUGUGCAAAAUACACUCGCAGCAUAAAGUAUUGUAUCGUAAUUGUUGGUAAACUAUACGUUUAUUGAUUUUAAUGAAUAAGGAAGAUAAGCAUGAGUUGAAAUUCAUAUAAUCAAAACUUUUAAUGAUUUAAAGUAUAAUAAAUUAUUAUAAUUAUACGGAAUACAUAAAAGCUUGGAUUCCUGCUACGCAGAUUCAACAAGAUUCUCCCUCGCAACGUUUAGCAUAAUAAGUACAAGUUUCGUUGAACGAUACUCGUUGAAGAUACGUUUACUCGAAUCUUCGACUAUAAGUAUAUGUCUUCGGUAUAUAAACAAAAGCAAAGCAUUUAUGGAAAAGAUGCAACAAAGAUGUAAAUUCAGUAGAAGCUUAAUGUGCUAUAAGAAAGAAAUGUAUGACAAUAUUUUCUGGCAUUUUUGAAAAAUGCAGGUGGUAUUAUUAUACACGUGCUUACAUUAGAGUAGUCGAGAACGACUAUGAUUUUGUUACUUUCGAUUAGGUAAUAAAAAUCAAGUGUAUAACGCAAGCGAAACGAGUAAGGUUAUUCUAUGUAGUGUUACGUAGUGCGCCAAUUUCAUAAGGUUUAUACAUUAUUAUUUUUUGCGUUCGGCUAGAACAUUGCGUAUAUACUCUUAUACUUAUACUUUUGGAAUGUGAUGUUGUUGAUUUACAAAAAAUUGCGAGAUUGUUUUGAAUAAAACUGAACUGCAAAUUGUAA